UCCAGUUUCCUCCUGUUUUCUUCAGCUGUUUUAUUUGUUGUGCUUUAGAUCUGUACCCGUCAUUAAAUCUCCAGAUUUCAUCUCCUGCUUUUUUACAUAAAAUUGAAUGGAAGACUUUGUUCCAAAUUUUUCAAGUUUACUUUAAGAUUUUUCUUUGUUGUUAUUCAAUUUUGGGGAAGAUUUGAAAAGAGUUUUCUGUUCUGGGUCUUUUGUGUGUGUGUGUGUGUGUGUGUGUGUGUGUGUGUGUGUGUGUGUGUGUGUGUGUGUGUGUGUGUGUGUUUGUUGAUGAUGAUGAGUGUAUCGGUUCCUGCUGGUCUGCCGGAGCUGUUGAAGGGCUUCACGGUGGAGGUUCUAAAGCAGAAGCCGGAGAACCUGCUGGAUUUUGCUGUUGUGUAUUUCAGUGAUCUGAGGGACGAGCGUGAGGAGAAAACAAGUGCAAUGAUCAAAAGCAGAACAACCCUGAGGACAGGAGAACAGAGUGGUGGAGAUGAUCAUGGACACAGAGUCAUGGCUGAGGGGAAUCCGGUGGAGGAGGAGGAGAAAGAAGACUUUCUUGAUGAUUUCACAUUUAAACCUCCACCCACCAACAAGCACUGCCGCAGAGUCGCAGUGUGUGCUGAAUCCUACAACCCAGAUAAGGAUGUUAAUGAUGAUGAUGAUGAUGACUCUGAGCUGAAGGUCUUUUACCCCAAAACCUAUGAGCAGCGUUACAGACUGCAGGAAGCCUGCAGGGACAUACUGCUUUUCAAAACUCUGGACAAGGAACAGUUCUCUGAGGUGUUGGACGCUAUGUUUGAGGUUCUGGUGAAGCCAAAUGAGCACAUUAUAGAGCAGGGAGAUGAUGGGGACAACUUCUACAUCAUCGAGAGAGGAGUGUAUGACAUUGUGGUGGAGAAACACGGCGUAAGACGCUGUGUGGGAAAAUAUGAUAAUAAAGGCUGUUUUGGUGAGUUGGCCCUCAUGUACAACACUCCACGUGCUGCAACCAUCAUCGCCAUCCAGCUGGGGGCGCUGUGGGCCCUGGACAGGGAGACGUUUCACAGACUGAUUGUGAAAAGUAACGCCAAGAAGAAGAAAACCUAUGAAGCCUUCAUUGAGUGUGUUCCUCUGCUGAAAUCUCUUGAGGUAUCAGAGCGCAUGAAGAUGGUGGACGUUUUAGGAGCAAAAACCUUCAAAGACGGAGAUCAGAUCAUUAAACAGGGCGAUGAGGCCAAUUGUUUCUACAUCGUGGAGUCUGGAGUUGUGAGGAUCAUGAUCAGGAGAAACGCUAAAUCGGGUCACUCCGAGGAGGAGGUGGAUGAGAUGGUGAAUGAGAAGGUGAAGGUGGAGGUGGAUGAGAUGGUGAAUGAGAAGGUGGAGGUGGAGGUGAAUGAGAAGGUGGAGGAGGAGGUGGAUGAGAUGGUGAAUGAGAAGGUGGAGGUGGAUGAGAUGGUGAAUGAGAAUGUGGAGGAGGUGGAGGUGUCCCGCUGUGUUCGGGGUCAGUACUUUGGAGAACUGGCGCUCGUCACUAAGAGACCUCGAGCUGCAUCUGUUUACGCCGUGGGAGAUACAAAGUGUUUAGUGAUCGACAUCCAGGCGUUUGAGCGCCUGCUUGGUCCCUGUAAAGAGAUCCUGAAGAGGAACAUUGCUUUGUAUAAGGAGCAGGUGGUGGCGCUGUUCGGCUCCAGCGAGGAUCUGAAAUGCUGAGAGGUUGUUUAUCGUCUGCUCUUCUCCACCUGUUUUCAUCAAGAACCCCUUGCAUCCCAGCUGCACUACCAAGUUCUCCAGCUUUACCUCUCAGGUUCUGGUGGUCCACUGCCUUUGUCACUCAGUUACUAGAGGCCCACCUCUUCCUCCAUGAUGCCCAUUGGCCACAGCACCUUCAAUCUUGGCUGCUCAGUUACUGAAGGCCCACCUCUUCCUCCAUAAGGCCCAUUGGCCACAGCACCUUUAACCUUUGCUGCUCCUCUAUAGGAGGCUCACCUCCUCCUUUAUAGUUCCCAUUCACCACAGGGUCCUCAACCUUUGCCGCUCAGUUAUUGGAGGCCCACCUCCUCCUUUAUGGUGGCCACUAGCCACUUAGUCUGGAAUCUUUACCGCUCAUUUUGUCCGUACCACACUCCUUGUUUGUGGUUUCCAACAUUUGCCGUUUUUGCUCCACAGAGCUGGGUGUUAUUUGAACCCCUGAUCCUCUCACCCAGAGGCAGUGUUCCUUUAGUUGUGCCACAGGAUCACAUGUCAAAACACAGUUUCAUAGAGAUUUCUACCUUACUCUUUCUUUAUUUCAGCCUAAUGCAAGAGCAAAAGAGAGAUUUGAGCCACAAUUGUUAUGGUUUUGAGUUCAUGUCAUUAACCACCCACCCACCAAAUCUGUUUGACAGGCAGCAACUUUUGGCUUCUUAAAUUUACCUUUAUUUUAAAGGCGUCAAAAAAAACUAGAUUCGAACCAGGGACAUUCACCACCAGAACAUGGCGCUCUAACCACUGCACCACCGAGGAACGGAAGUGAGUUUGACUUAUUGGAGUUUUGUCGAUCUCUUCUUUAUUUUGAGCAAGUCGUCAUGUGAAAAGAGCAGACCAACGUUCUCUAAUAAGCCCAAAAGUCUAACAGGUGUGAUGAGUUCAAAAAGUUCUUCCUUGUUCUAGAUGGUUAGUUUGAUAAUUUGUUGUUGUUUUCGUAAUGUUGUUUGAUUGUUUGGUGUUGAGAUGUUUUAGAAUUUGGUGGUUGCUAGUCAAGAUAUUCAGACUUCAGCUUUAGCUAUGUGUAAAAAAAAUUUUAAUAUUUGAUAGAUAAACUUUUGCAACAUCAGGAUUCAAACCAAGGAACUCUGGCGCCUGGGACAAGCAUCAAUCCACUGAACCACAGCGUUUUAUGUACACACUGUUGAGCUUCCAUCAUUUACACAUUCUUCACACUAAAACAGCAACUAUAAAGUAUGGAUUUGAACCAGUGAACUGCACCACCAGCAUCUAACACUCUUCCCAUUGCACCACCAUGGACUGCUGAAGAAAGUCAACUGGUUAGCUAUAAAGACUCCCCCAUGACCAGCAGCUUUAAACAUUACUCCUCUUAAAGGGAGCAGAGAAGCCGAGUCGAAGCGGCCGAUUCGAACCACGGAACCACGACCAGACAGGAGUUAAAACCAAAUGAACUAGUUCUGUUCUUGUAGAACCUUUUUUGUUGUUCUAGCAACUUCUAAAACUCUGAGCUCAAAACAAGAGCAUUUCUCCAACCUGAAACUGAAUCAGUACAGUUCCUGAGGGUUUCUCUUGAUUAAUGUUACAGUAAUUCUUUAUAAACUUCAACAUCAUGUGAGCUGCUUUUACAGUAAACAGGGUGAUGAAGUGGAGUCACUGUUGCCUCCCUGAAACUUACACCACUGCAUCAUUUAUAUUUAUUAUAGAACCAUUUUAAAGGUUUUUCUGUGUUUAUAAUUAUAUUCUUCUGUCUGUAGUUCAAUUACAGCACAUGCUUGGGGUUAGAACAUGUUUUCCUCAGCAGUUUCUAAGAUGAAGCACGAUCAGGUGGAUCUGAUGGACUUUUCUAUUGUCUAUCUGUAUGUGUGUAGUCACUAAAAUAAAUUGGCAAUAGGACAGGA